AGGUCUUAAAAAAUAUUCAGGCAGUUUAGGUCAAUCGGUAACUGUUUACAAAAUAUUAUUACUAGUAUCGCUAUUUAUAAUUGAAAGAUUAAUUAUUUAUUAAUAUUUGUAAUCUUGCUACAGACGUAUAAAGUGUAUAUUUAAUACAAAAAUAUGAUGACAUCAUUCCUACUAUUCCUCAGCAUCUGUUUGAUUGUAUCAACAAAUUCUUCCCCUCUGUUUGAAUUCAGUGGCAACGAACCUCUACUUGGAUCCAAGAAUAAUGCCGAUAAUAAUUGUUGUUCUGUUUCCCAUUGCAAGGAAAUCCCAUUAAACACGGAAGGCCACAACGUGUUUAAGUGUUUCAAAACAGACGUGUGUGGUGAUGAAUGCUUUUAUAACCAGAAGAAGUUAUCCGCAGUUUCAAUACAUUAUAGAAGAAAAAAUUACUAUGUAAAGAAGAUUUGUCAGCUAGAUCAAUGUGAAGACUAUAUUUUUGAUUGUAGAAGGUGUCCUGAUCCUAAGAGAAAUGGAUUUAAUACUUAUGAUAUUGAUAAUAGUUGUAUUAAUUGUUAUUAUUAAUUAUAAAUUAUAGAAUAGUGUAUUUGUUGUUAUAAAACAAAUUAAUUAUGUGUUUAAUAAUUUUAUAUUUGGAACAAAAACUGUGAUGAUGUUGAUGUAGGUACACAAAUACAAAAUAAAUUAUAUUAUUUAAAGUGAAACAUAAUUAUUAUACAUAGGACACAGAACAACUGAAGAUUUUCUGAUUAAAAUAAGAUGAUUAACCAAAUAAAAUAUUACGCGUUUCCGAAAUAAUUAAACUCGGGAAAUUUUUUGGUGUAAUAAAAUACACCUAUCGGCAAAAAAAUCAAUUAAAUAAACUUGCCAGUGGCGUACGGCAAGGAUAAGUAACACCUUCAUACUCUCUAAAUUUAACGCCAUUUAAAAACUUAUUAAACUAUAAUUUUACAUGAUUUAUUUAAAAAGCAUCAAAAAAUUCAAAAUUAUAGACCAAAUAAGUUUUAGGACAGUGACGUAAAAUUUAACCACUUGAGCCCCGGGUGGGUUAAACGCGACCCACACCUGAACGUUUCUUGGGACCGCGAGGUACAUGCGUUGCCCACAAGGGUCUAAUACUUAAGAAUAUCGAUUUAUCAAAAUUAGCCCACGUUUUCGUACUAAAUACAUAGGAAUUGUACAAAGCCGGUCCCAACGGUAUAUCAUAUACAAGCGGAUUUUAAAAAUUGUGGGUACUCGAGGUUGUUUUGAAAAGUAUGUGCAAAGUAGGAAAACGAGCAGCAACUGAGAGUUAUGACCUUGUGUUGUUAGCAGCACUUCCUAGAAUAAUAUAUAAGAAGUUUCAUUAGGCUUGUUUUGGUUCUUUCACGAACUAGUUCAGAAUCAGUGAAUUACACUCGUUUAGCUCAGUUGGUUAUUAUAUUAUCGCGACGUAUUCUUGAAACAUGAAUUCGUCAACUGUAUUUGAGAACUAGAAUCAAUGGUUCUGUUUGAACCAAAACAAACCUAAUAAGAUCAGUCCAAAUAAUAUAGGUA